AUGAAGGUAGGAAAAAGAGUGGAGUCAGACCACAUGCCGUUGGAAAUAGAAACAGAGGGACCAGAGGUACAAAGAGAUGAGGAAAGAAAAGGAGAAGAGAGGGAGAGAAGGGAAUGGACAAAAGAAAGUGCUGGAAGAUAUUUAGAGGAGUGCAAAGACUGGGCAAGCAGGGGAAGAACAGUAGAGGAAAUGUGGGCAGAAAUUAAGAAGAAGAUAAACGAGGCAAUACCAAAGAAAAGAGUAAGGAUAAGGAAAUGGAGCAUAGGAGAAAAGGUAUGGUACGACAAGGAGUGGAAAGAAAGGAAAAGGGAGAUAAGAAGGAAAAUGACAAAAUUUAGGAAAGGAAAAUGCAGCAGAGAAGAAUUCAUAGAGGAGAAGAAGGAAUUCAAACAGUGGUGUGAACAAAGAAAGGAGAAGCAGGAAGAGGAAGAGAUGGAGAAACUCAAAAAGAUCAAAACAGAGCAAGAAGCAUGGAAAUACAUAAACAAAUAUAGGAGAAGAAGAGAGGUUGUAGACGAGGCGAUAAGGGAAGAGGAGUGGAAAAAUCAUUUUAUGGAAGCGUUAGAGGGGACAGAAAACAAAGAGGACAAAAGAACAGAAGGGUGGAGAGAGGAGGAGGAAUCAAAAGAGGAGAGAGAAGACAACAUAGAGAAGGAAGAGGUAAUACUCCAAAUAAGAAAAUUGAAAGAGAAAAAAGCAACGAGGGAAGAUGGCUUGGAAAACGAGGUAUGGAAGUAUGCGCCGAAGGAAGUGGGGGAGGCGUUAUGGGAGAUGUUAGGAAAAAUUUGGAAUGGAAAGGGGAUAUCCGAAGGCUGGAGAAAAUGUGUGAUAUGUCCGAUUUACAAGAGGAGGAACAAAGGGGCGGUGAAGAGCUACAGAGGGGUCACGCUAAUGGACACGGCAUACAAGAUCUAUGCAGGAAUUCUAGACGAGCGGCUGAAGGUGGAAAUCGAGGACAAGGUGGUAGAGAGCCAAUUCGGAUUUAGGAAAGGAAGAGAAGUGAUAGACGUAGUGUACGUACUGAACCAUAUAAUAGAUAAACAAUUGAGCGGGGAAAGAGGGAAGCUAUAUGCAUGCUUCGUGGAUCUAAAGUCAGCGUUCGAUAGGGUUAACAGGAAGAAACUGGGAGAGAUAAUGAGGAGAAUGGGGGUGAACGAGAAGUUAACCAGAAGGAUAGAGGAGAUAUACGAGGAGACAAAGAACGUAGUGAGGAUCAGGAACAACAACACAGAAGAGUUUUGGACGGUGAGGGGAGUGGGACAAGGGUGCCCGCUGAGCCCGGCGUUAUUUAACAUCUAUGUGGCAGGGCUGGAAGAAAUAAGGAAAUGA